AUGUUGGUGUCAAGAUAUCUACUCCUCCUUUUCUUUCAAUGCCUCAGCUGGACAUAUGGUCUUGCAUCUUUAUUCACAAAUCCUGCUCAAGUGGAACAUGACGACUAUGACUUUGUAGUGAUAGGAGCUGGAGCAGCUGGAGCAGUUAUUGCCAAUCGCUUGAGUGAAGAUCCAGAUAUCAAAGUUCUUCUAGUUGAGGCUGGAGGAAGCAAUACAGAAGGUCCUGAUAUUAGUGCAAUACAGGUUCCAUACUUUGUGGCAUCAGUGGAUGCUGCUUUUGACUGGAACUACACUACUAUUCCACAGAAGACUCUGUUGAAUCGUACUAUUGCAUACCCUCGUGGCCAUGUUCUAGGGGGUAGCACCUCUGUUAAUUAUAUGUUUUACACUCGUGGAUCCUCCAGUGACUUUGACAAACUUGCCCAGGUUUCUGGUGACUCUGGUUGGUCCUGGCAAUCUAUGCUUCCCUAUUUUCGUAAAACAGAAACUUUGUCACCUGCUGCAGAUGGACAUAAUAUAACUGGACAAGUAGAUCCAAAGUUCCAUGGAACAUCUGGUCCAGUUCUUACUAGCCUUCCUGGGAACACUAGUGUUCUAGACUCUCGGAUACUAGAAACUACAUCUCAGCUUUCUGAAUUCCCAUUCAAUCUUGAUAUGAACUCUGGAAAUCCACUUGGGAUUGGUUGGCUUCAGUCUACUAUUGGCCAUGGUGUCCGCAGCAGUUCUGCAACUGCAUUUCUUUCUGAUGCUGCACUUAAUCGGAAGAACUUUCAUGUUCUUAUAGGUACUCAAGCUACAAAGCUACUUCAAACUGGACAUAAAAAUGGCAAACCAGUUUUUCAAGGUGUUGAACUUACACAAAGUGCUACAGGGCCUCAUAUAUCUGUCACUGCUAAAAAAGAGGUUAUUCUCUCUGCAGGUGCUAUUGGAACUCCACACCUUCUCAAGCUGUCUGGCAUUGGUGAUCACACAGAAUUGAAUGCUCAUGGGAUCCAGACACUUGUUGAAGUCCCUGAUGUUGGAAGACACAUGCAAGAUCAUCCAUGGGUGCCUUUGCAAUGGUACAUCAAUACAACAAACACUGUGGACACAAUUGUUCGAAAUACAACACUACUAAAUGAACAGAUUGCAUUCUACAACAAGACAAAAGGUGGUCCUUUGGCAAACAAUCCAUCAGGAAAUCAAGUAGGAUGGUUCCGACUCUCUAAGAAUUCUUCCAUUCUUGAGAAAUUUGGAGAUUCUGCUGCAGGAGAGACAUCACCUCAUUAUGAAAUUAUUUUUGUGAAUGCUUUUCUAUCAUUUACUGAGGCUCUCCCAUCAGAAGGCAACUUCAUGACAAUGCUGGUUGCACUAGUUUCACCACUCUCUCGUGGAUCUGUAGCACUAACAAGCUCAUCUCCAUUUGAUGCACCACUCAUUGAUCCCAAUUUUCUGGAUGCACAAUCCGACAUGGUUAUUCUUACAGAAGCUGUAAAAGCUGCAUACCGAUUCACCACUGCCAAACCAUGGCAAGACUUUAUUAUUAAGCCAUUUGGACCUGUGUUGAAUACAACUGAAGAUAUUCAAAAUCAUAUCCAAAACCUUGCAAUGACACUUCGACAUCCAGUGGGUACUGCAAGGAUGUCAAGUGCUCAGGAUGAAUCAGGAGUUGUUGGGCCAGAUCUUCAGGUGAAGAAAGUGGAAGGUUUACGAAUUGUAGAUGCAUCAAUAUUUCCCCAUAUUCUUGGUGCUCAUACACAAGCUGGAGUAUAUGCCAUUGCUGAACAAGCUUCUGAUCUGAUCAAGAAGGCACAUAAUAUUAAAGGUAGUAACUAG